AUGCCCCAGCGGGUAACCCUGCCCUGGCAGUCCGACAUGCAGCUGGCCGGCAAGCUGGUCCUCUCCGCCACGGCUCUGCUCCUCCUGACUUUGGCAUACAGGUUUUAUAAGUCCCGCUCGCUUGCUGGGGGCAAAAUCCCGCCGGCUGAUGUGGGAGGAGAGCAGAGGGAUAACGCUGCCUGGGAUGGGGACGGGGACGGUGUGGUGAGUCUGCGACGGAGGAGAGUGUUUGGUGAGGAGGUGAGGAGGGAUGGUGGGGAUGGACAAGGGAACGGUCAAGCAAGUGUCCCUGGGACACGGCGCAUACCUCUCCGGGAGGAUCAAAGUCUGCCAAGGGGUGAGGAGGAGGAGGAAGAAGGCAAAGAGAUGGUUUCUGAACUGGGUCUGACUUGCAGGAUAGUGGGGAUGGCCAGGAGGGGAAGCGAUCUUGGAAGUCAGUUGGGAAGCAAGCUGGGAAGUAAGCCAGGAAUUGAGUCGGGAAGCGAGCUGGCAAGCAAGCCAGGAAGCGAGCCGGGAAGUGUGCUAGGAAGUGAGCUGGGAAGUAAGUUGGCAAGCAAGCCAGGAAGCGAGAUGAGCUCUUAUGACCCUGGGGACAUGGCUGAAACACUGAGCAGCCAUGAGGAGGAGGGCACCCUUGCCCCAGGCGCCGGGCUUUCUCCCGGUAUUGCUACUGCCCAGAUGGCGGGUGACAGAUGCGCCCAAAGCACGGAGCAGGAUUUGGCCAGUGGAGGCAUGAGACAGAAAACUGAGGGGUGUGGGGGAACAAUCCAGACCCACAGCGUCACCUCAGACUUGGGGCUAACGAUGACAGCGAGCAACGUGGAGUCAGAUGCCUCCUACUCUUUCUCCUCGGUCACCAAGAUCCAGGUGGAGAACUACAUCACCAAGCGGCGGGCAAAAGAUGGGGCUGGGCAGGCCGGCCACAGCCUCAAAGGCAAAGUCUACGACUACUACAUCCAGUCCAUCUCCCAGUCGGUGUCAAAGAGGAGGUGUCUCCCCUACAUCCCUCUGGGAACAUCCUGGCACUGCAACUCAGAGCAGGUCAAUGAAGAGCUACAGAGCUUUGCAACUCAGGAGCCAGACCCCACUUCAGCAACACAGGAUCCCACCACCUCCUCCAUAGUCCCACCACCUAUGGGGAGCUUGGAGAUCUCACCUGAGCCACCAUCUCCUUGCCACAAAGACAGCAUCCUCCAGAUUGCUGACAGCCCCCACCUCCAGCUGCCCAUAGAGCGUUUUGGGGUUACGGCGCCAGCUGGAAUGCCACCUGCAAAACCCCAGUCAGGGCUGGUGGCCAAUGCUGACCUCUUCCAAAUGCCACCACGCACCCACCUGGACUUGGGGAACUGCUACGAGGUCCUCUGCACAGCCAAGGCGCAGAAGCUCGGACACCUCCAGGAGGCCGCCUACAAGGUGAUGAGCGACAACUACCUGCAGGUGCUGAGGACGUCCUCCAUCUACGGCCGCCUCAAUGCUGGUGAGCGAGACCGCAUCCUGCAGCAAAGGAUGAAGGGGAAGAUGUACGUGGCCGUGGCAGACAUCAACGUGCAGGAGCCUGACCUCCGUGCUAGCCGCCUCUGCUACUACGAUGACAGAGGGGACUGCUGGCAUCACCUCUGCCAUGUACCACCAGAGGUGGUCUCCCAGGGGUGCGCCGUGUGCAGCAUGUUCAACUACCUCUUUGUGGUGGCCGGCUGUAAGGGCACGGGCCGGAUGCAGAGACCCUCCAACCGUGUCUUCUGCUAUGACCCCCUGACCAACAUCUGGAGGGAGAUCUGCCCCCUGAACCAAGCGCGGCCGCACUGCAAGCUUGUGGCCUUGGACGGCCACCUCUACGCUAUUGGUGGUGAGUGCCUCUACACGGUGGAGCGCUACGACCCCCGGCAGGACCGCUGGACCUUCACCGCACCUCUGCCCCACGACACCUUCGCUGUGGCCCACACGGCCACAGUGUGCGAUGGGGAGAUCUACGUGACGGGGGGUACCUUGCGCUACGUUCUGCUGUGUUACACUGCCCGCUCAGACAGCUGGAGGGUCAGCCCAGCUGGCGGCAGCAAGGACAGGACGGCCGAGUUGGUCAGUGCCAAUGGCUUCAUCUACCGCUUUGACCUCCACCGCAGCUCAGGCAUCGACGUCUACCGCUGCAGUGCCAAGGCCAAACUGUGGUAUAAGUGUGCUGCCUAUGCCACACCCAACCCAUCCAGCUUCCAGUGUGCCGUCGUGGGCAGCCUGGUCCACUGUGUUGGCCAGCACUUCCACAUACGCUUCUUGGCCGACUACAUCUCACCACGCUUUGGGACCAAGGAUCUACCGCCCUUCCCAUCACCCUGUGGCAGCCUCCUCCCAGCCGUCCUGGUGCUGCCAGAGGAAGGAAUGGCACAAACGCAGGUUUGA